AUCCAGAGGACAGUGGAAGAUGGUGGAAGGGAGUGUUAGAUACUGGUCAAGGACUCUGGGUCUGAAUGCUCCCUUUCCCUCUGCUAGGGAUAUGAUGUAAGGCAAACUGUUCAAGCUUUCUGGGCUUCUCUCUCCACAUCUGUGAAAUAGAUAGGGCUGAUGUUUUACUUACAAAGUUUGAGAGUUUUUGCUGUUCUUGUAUUAAUCCAGAAUACAGGGUCUUGUAACAUUCAUAGUCGCUGGUAUUUGCGACUUCCUCAUCCCCGGCCUCAGGAAAAGCCAGGCCAGUGAGAGCAGCCCGGCCAUCAGGCUGUCCCCUUAGGAAGCCCCAGGCACUGGGAUGCGGCCUUGGCUCUGGGUGACCUCAGAAAAGUAACAGCCUCCCCUGGGCUUCAGUUUCAGGCUGUCAGAUAUUAUUGGAUUGGAACAGUGUCUUCUAAUUGUUUAGCUGUAGCCUCCCUGUUCAAGAGAACCCUUCUGCAGAAGUCUGGUUUUAACAUGGAGAGUGGGGGUCGUGUCUGGGGGAGGGUCUGAGAGCCGUGCUGGUCAGUGACUGCGCUUCCUGUGAUUCUGGGGCCUGGGGACUUUUCCCUCUGUCUGGCGAGGCAGCAAUGGCCAGUCUGAGAGGAUGGCCUAGGGGCCACAGUGUGGAUCUCUGCUCUUCCUCAGCCUCCGUUUCCUGACUCCACCUCUUCCUUCCCCGACAUCCUCGCCUCUCUCUAAGCCACGUCUCUGUGUCUUCCCUGCCCUUGUUUUCCCCUUUUCACCGCCUCUAGAUGCAGGACAUACUGAAGGUGCUGGCGUCUGACCUUAACCAUUCCAAUGGGGUAGCGCUGCCCCAUAGGACAAGUGGAAGGGGAGGCAGUGCCGAGACCCCCCCCCUCUGGCUUGCUGCCUCCCAGAUGUGCAUGUCCCUGAGGCUUGUCUCAUUUGGUGCAGACUCUGCCUCUGGCUUGUUUUAAGUUGCUGCCAUUAACCCUCGGCCUGCUUAUGUCUGCUUCCUCCCCUGCUUGGCUAAUUGCAUUUUUUCCCUUCCCUUGUGUCUUUUAUCAUCUUGGAGAGGGUAAGACACACCUCAAAGAUUCGGUAAUUUGGGAAUAACUUCCAGAGCAGGUCUGUGGGGUUUUGGGCUUUGAAUGCCCAGUGCGGUCAGACCAGGAGAAAUUUGAAAACAUACAAAUGCUGUUACAUUUUGCCCUCUGGGCAAGUAGACCAGAUGGAAGUGAGUGAUUUUUCAACUUGAUGAAUUCCAUUUUGGUUUGAAAGUGAGAAGGUAGAAUUAAGAGAAAAUGAAUUGGCUUUAUAAUCACAAGGAUGGAGGUUAGCUUUUCAGAGGAACUAACCAGCAAGGAUGUGAAGCUACCCAGACAGACCAGUGCUAGGACACUCUGCCUGCCCCUCGUCUCUUUGACAACUCAGAUGGGACGCUCAACCAUGUUCACUGGGCCCAUGGAUGGCAACGGCAUUGGAUGCACAGUGGUGGAAGUAGAAGAACAAGACAGGAGGUGCCAUGGGGGUGGCAGAGUCCUCUGAGGGGGCAGGGGAAAGGCGGCAAUAGGCCAGCUGCGUGGCUAGGUGAGGGAGGUGGGUUCCGAAUGGACUUGCGGCUGGAGAAGGUGGCGUUUGAGGCCAGUGUGAAGAUUAAAGGUGGGUAAUAUUCAUCCACGUGGCGAGUGGGGGAGGCAGAGGGAGCAAAGAGGUCAUAGGCAGCAUCGUGAGGUCAUAGAACACCUUUCAGGGCUGCAGGGAGCCUGAGUUGUGGGAGGGGAAGGGCACAGGCACAUGGGGCUAGGUAGGCCAUAACCUGCAGAUAAUGUUGGCACUUCCUGUCUAACUGCCCCAGGGCCUAGCCAGUGUAGCAGGGCUGAUCUGCAGAUGGGCCUAGGGAAAGGGACAGGUGGCUGGUCAACCAUCAUGGCAGCUCCCACCCAGGAAAGUCUGGCUAGGGGCCAUGAUCACUCUGCGGCCUCAGAGGAGACACAAAUGGCAUAGUCUGGGCGGGGCCCAGGCAAGGAGAAGUCCUGACAGCUGAAUAUUUGACUUCAAGUAGCUCAGUGUACUUGAGCCAUCACAGUGUCUGCAAGGGUUGGCGUGAGGAGGAAGCUGGAGUCAGAGCUGGAGCUAGGAAUUGGGCUCAGGCACUCUGAAGCCAGGUGCAGCCUUCUCAUCUGGUGUCCUGACACCCAGGCGAAGCUGGACCUUCUGAUGUGAAGCGAAGGGCAGGCUUCUCAUCUGGUGUUGUGACACCCAUGUGAAACUCCACCUUCAGACUGAAAGCAAGGUGCAGGCUUCUCAUCUGGUAUCCUAACAACCACGGGAAGCUCCACCUCCAGACGUGAUGUGAGCUGCUGGCUUCUCAUCUGGUGUCCUGACACCCAGGCGAAGCUCCACCUUCAGACUGAAGCCAGGUGCAGGCUUCUCAUCUGGUGUCCUGACACCCAAGAGAAGCUCCACCUUAAGACUGAAAGCCAGGUGCAGGCUUCUAACCUGGUGUCCUGACACCCAGGCGCAGCUCCACCUCCAGAUGUGAAGGAGGUUCAGGUUUCUAAUUUGGUGUCCUGACACCCAGGUGAAGCUCCAUCUUCAGACUCAAAGCCUGGUGCAGGAUUCUCAUCUGGUGUCCUGACGCCCAGGCGAAGCUCCACCUUCAGACUGAAAGAGAGAUGCAGGCUUCUCAUCUGGUGUCCUGACACCCAGGCGAAGCUCCACCUUGAGACUGAAAGCCAGGUGAAGGCUCAUUUGGUGUUCUGACACCAAGGUGAAGUUCUACCUCCAGAUGUGAAGGAGGUUCAGGCUUCUAAUCUGGUGUCCUGAUGCCCAGGUAAAGCUCCCCCUUCUGACUGAAAGCCAGGUGCAGGCUUCUCAUCUGGUGUCCUGACACCCAGGUGAGCUCCACUUUCAGACUGAAAGCCAGGUGAAGACUUCUCAUCAGGUGUCCUGACACCCAGUCGAAGCUCCACCUUGAGACUGGAUGCGAGGUGCAGGCUUCUCAUCUGAUGUCCUGAGACCUAGGCGAAGCUCCACCUUCAGAAGUGAUGUGAAGUGCAGGCUUCUCAUCUGGUGUCCUGACAGCCAGGCGAAUCUCAACCUCCAUACGUGAAUGAGGUUCAGGCUUCUAAUGCGGUGUCCUGAGGCCCAGGUGAAGCUCCACCUGCAGACUGAAAGCCAAGUGCCGGCUUCUCAUCUGGUUUCCAGUUACACAGGCAGAGCUCUACCUUCAGACUGAAAGCGAGGUGCAGAUUUCUCAUCCGGUGUCCUUACACCCAGGCGAAGCUCCACAUUCAGACUGAAAGCCAGGUGCAGGCAACUCACCUGCUGUCCUGAUACCCAGCCGAGCUCCACCUUCACAAUGAAAGCCAGGUGCAGGCUUCUCAUCUGGUGUCCUGACACCCAGGCGAAGCUCCACCUCCAGAUGUAAAGGAGGUUCAGGUUUCUAAUCUGAUUUCCUGAUGCCCCGGUGAAGCUCCCCCUUUAGACUGAAAGAGAGAUGCAGGCUUCUCAUCUGGUGUCCUGACACCCAGGUGCAGCUCCACCUUCAGACUCAAAGCCAGGUGCAGGCUGCUCAUCUGGUUUCCAGACAAACAGGUGAAGCUCCACCUGAAUAGGUGAUGCGAGGUGCAGGCUUCUCAUCUGGUGUCCUGUCAGCCAGGCGAAGCCCCACCUUCUGACUCAAAGCCAGGUGCAGGCUUCUCAUCUGCUGUCCUGACACCCAGGAGAAUCUCCACCUUCAGACUGAAACCGAGGUGCAGGCUUCUCCUCUAGUGUCCAGAACCCAGGCGUAGCUCCCCCUUCAGACUGAAAGAGAGGUUAAGGCUUCUCAUCUGGUGUCCUGACACCCAGGCAAAGCUACACCUUCAUAGGGAAAGCCAGUUGCAGCCUUCUCAUCUGGUGUCCUGACACCCAGGGGAAGCUCCACCUUCAGACUGAAAGCCUGGUGCUGCCUUCUCAUCUGGUGUCAUGACACCCAGGCGAAGCUCCACUUUCAGACUGAAAGCCAGGUGCAGGCUUCUCAUCUGGUGUCGUGACACCCAGGUGAAGCUCCACCUUCAGACGUGAUGCAAGGUACAGGCUUCUCAUCUGGUGUCGUGACACCCAGGUGAUAUCCACCUGCAGAUGUGAAGCGAGGUUCUGGCUUCUAAUCUGGUGUCCUGACGCCUAGGUGAAGCUCCACCUUCAGACUGAAAGCCAGAUGCAGGCUUCUCAUCUGCAAUACUGACACCCAGCUGAACUCCACAUUCAGACUGAAAGCGAGGUGCCGGCUUCUAAUCUGGUGUACUGAUGCCCAAGAGAAGCUCAACAUUCAGACUAAAUUCCAAGUACAGGCUUCCCAUCUGGUGUCCUGACACCCAGGCUAAUCUCCACCUCCAGACGUGAAGGAGGUUCAGGCUUCUAACCUGGUGUCAUGACGCCCAAGUGAAGUUCCCCCUUCAGACUGAAAGUGCGGUUUAGGCUUCUCAUCUAUUAUCCUGAUUCCCAACAGAAACUCCCACUUCAGACUAAAAGCGAGGUGCAGGCUUCUCAUCUGGUGUCCUGACACCAAGGCGAAGCUCACCCUUGAUGAAAGCCAUGAGCAUGCUUCUUAUCUGGUGUCCUGACACCCAGGCAAAUCACCACCUCCAGACGUGAAGGAGGUUCAGGCUUCUAAUCUGGUGUCCUGAAGCCCAAGUAAAGCUCCACUUUCAGACUGAAAGCCAGGUGCAGGCUUCUCAUCUGGUGUCCUGACACCCAGGCGAAGCUCCCCCUUCAGACUGAAAGCCAGGUGCAGGCUUCUCAUCAGUUAUCCUGAUGCCCAACAGAAACUCCACCUUCAUACUGAAAGCAAAGUGCAGGCUUCUCAUCUGGUGUUCUGAUGCCUACUAGAAGGUCUACCUUCAGACUGAAAGUCAGGUGCAGGCUUCUCAUCUGGUGUCCUGACAUCCGGGUGAAGCUCCACCUUCAGAUGUGAAGUAAGGUGCUGGCUUCUCAUCAGGUGUCCUGACACCCAGCUGAAGCUCCACCUUCAGACUGAAAGCCAGGUGCAGGCUUCUCAUCUGGUGUCCUGACACCCUGGCGAAGCUCCACCUUCAGACUGAAAGCCAGGUGUAGGCUUCUCAUCUGGUGUCCUGACACCCUGGCGAAGCUCCACCUUCAGACUGAAAGCCAGGUGAAGGCUUCCAUCUGGUGUCCUGACGCCCAGGCGAAGCUCCACCUUCAACUGAAGGCCAGGUGCAGGCUUCUAUGCGGUGUCCUAAUACCAAGGAGAAGCUCCAGCUGCAGACUAAAAGCUAGGUGCAGGCUUCUCAUCUGGGGUCCUGUCACCCAGAUGAAGCUCCACCUUCAGACUGAAAGCCAGGUGCAGGCUUCUCAUCUGGUGUCCUGAUGCCCAAGAAGAAUUCCACCUUCAGACUGAAAUCCAAGUGCAGCAUUCUCAUCUGCUGUCCUGACACCAGGGCAAAGUUCCACAUCCAGAUAUGAAGUCAGGUGCAGGCCUCUAGCUGGUGUCCUGACACCCAGGCGAAGUUCUACCUUCAGACUAAAGGCCAGGUGCAGGCUUCUCAUCUGGUGUCCUGACACCCAGGCGAUGCUCCACCUUCAGACUGAAGGCCAGUUGCAGGCUUCUCAUCUGAUGUGAUACCCAAGAGAAGUUCCCCCUUCAGACUGAAAGUGAGUGGCAGGCUUCUCCUCUGGUGUCCUGACACUCAGGUGAGCUCCACCUUCAGACUGACAGCCUGGUGCAGGCUUCUCAUCUGGUGUCCUGACACCCAGGCGAUGCUGCAACUUCAGUCUUGAAGUGAGCUGCAGGCUUCCCAUCUGGUGUCCUGAUGCCCACACCAAGCUCCACCUUCAGACUGAAAUCCAGGUGCAGGCUUCUCAUCUGGUGUCCAGACAACAGGGGAAGCUCCACCUUCAGAAGUAGAAUUGUGACUUGGUUGUUCACAAAGUAAUCACAGUACAUAGAUUCUAUCCCUGGUCUAUAGAUUCCAUCCCUGGUCCACUCUCUAAAGGUAUAACUGCAGAGUCAGCACGCCUUUUUCUCAUGUAGGCUUUGCAGCCUGGACUCUAAGGAGGCAUCCGAUUGGGGUUUUCAGAGGCCAGGGCUGAAGGAUCCAGAGAGCAGGCAGCAACUCCCUGCCUCCACUCAGCUUCUCUGGCUGCUGUCACUUGUUCAGCCAUCUUGGCUGUGUGCGGCCGUCUGGCCUGCUGACAUGAGGUGGUCUCUAGAGCCAGAUGCGUGGACCGAGAGUUAGGCCUGAGCCUGGGGAGAAGCUGGAUGGGGCUGGCCGAGGGAGGGGGUCCCACUGCGGCAGAAGGAGGAGAGGCUUCUCCACAUCUCCAAGCACUAGAUCCCCGCAUUGUUCCCUAGCAGUUUUUCUGGCAAUGAGGCGCCAUGACCUCCAUGUGCCAAAUCAAAGAGCAGACGUCUUACCUGUGAUUUCCUGGCUUCUUUUGGUAGAGUAGGUGUUUCUGGAGCUGCGAGAUGGGGCUGAGAGGUAUGCCCAUGAGGCGGCUGUGGUUGAUUUUAUCUCCAGAAAGCAGGGAGGGGCUUCUUGGGCAACAUUUCUCCUUGGAAAGGCCUUAAUCAGAGAACUACAGCUGAUGGUUGAGGCAGAGAGGAGGGCAGGGAGAAAGGGCGGAGAGCAGGAGAGGGCAGUGGCAGAGAGCUACCUGGAGGGAGCCCCGUCACCACCAGUGGCCUCAGCCCAGCAGGGGCCUAGAGUCAGGGUCACUGUGUGGCAGAGACUGGCUUCCUGGAAGAACACUGCCAUGCUCCCUGAUGUUGGUGCCCGUUCCUUCUGCCUGCUGCGGCUGCCGGAGGUCAGAGCCCUUGCUGAGGUCCAGGGAGAACCAGGGCCUCGUGUCCAUGGAGGUUGUAGCCCCCUUCCUUUGAGCUUUGGCCACCUGAAAAGAUGUCACGUGUCCCCAAGCCUGGGCAAGCCAUUCCCACAACCCCUGUGGUUCCCAGCAUGUGUGACUGUCACUCUGACUGCUACGACAUCUUCCUACCUGCUCUGCGCCCUUGUGUCCAUGGCAGCGAGGCACCUCCUCUCCUGCACGGCCCCCUAACCCCCUGCUCUGUUCCCUGACAGGCGCCCAAAGACCGCACUGCUCCUGCACCACCCUCUGCUGAUGCCACCGUGUUACUUGGCUGUUUAGCGCCCCCUGGCGCUAGUCUAACUAGCAUGGCACCAACUCAGAUCCAUGAUGCUGACCAUGGCCCUGUCCUCAUAGAUGAGACCAAGACAUUGUCCUCCACGGAGAGCCUGCGUCAACCUGCUCAGCAGCUCCAUGGUCUUGUCUCCGAGUCAAUGUCCUACAUCAAUGGAGAGGGCCUCACAUCUUCCUACAUGAAGGUCUGGAGGUACCAAGAGCUGGCAGUAGCCCUGGACUCCAGCUAUCUAACAAACAAACAACUCAGUAACACCAUAGAGGAAUUGCUCUGCACACUGAGGGAGGAAAAGGAGUGCAGCCUGAGUCAGGUGUGGGAGUUGGAGACCACCUUGGCCGAGCUCAAGAGCCAGAUGGCUGAGCCUCCCACCCCAGAGUCCCCAGCUUCCCCCGCGGGGCCGUCGGAGGUGGAACAGCAGCUGCAGGCGCAGGCUGAGCAGCUGCAGAAGGAGCUGGAGAGCCUGGAGGGACAGCUGCAGGCCCAGGUGCAGGACAACGCAGGCCUGAGUCGCCUGAACCAGCAGCAGGAACAGCGGCUGCUGCAGCUGGAGCGGGAGGCAGAGCUGUGGGGCAGCCAGGCUGAGGAGCACAAGCAGAGCGACCACGUGACCAUCAGCCGUGCGCUCCUGCAGAACCUGGAGCUCAAGGAGCAGCUGGCCAAGCUGCAGGAUGGCUUCGUGAGACUGAGCAAUGACAACAUGCGGCUCACCCUCUCGCUGCAGGCAGAGCAGCACAUCAAGAACGAGCUGGCCAGGAACUCGGCCAGCUGCAGGAGAAGCUGGGGGAGCUGAAGGAAACG